CGCGCACACAUACCGAUCGACAUCGCUCCGUUUUUAUCUGCCUCACCAGCUCCGGUUUCCCCCAGUUCAGCCUUUCCCCCCCGUCGGCUGCUGCCAUGUUUUUCUGAGGCAGAAUGACAGCAGAGAGAGCUCAGACGAAGACGGAUAUAGACUGAAAAACCCAUCGAAUCUACUUCUUUAUUCGACCGGGCGACGGUGUGUUUUUAUCGCUGAGGAACUCUUUUCUCGAUAUAUUCGCGAUAACGCUCGUUUUACAAAAAAAUCAAUAAUAAUAAUAAUUUAAAAAAAAAUCGCUGAAUUAUAGUAUUAUUUUGUUUUCCUAUGUCGUUGGCAUAUUUUCCCAGUAUAUCUUUUUUAUUUAAGGAUGGGAGGGGGUCCUCCUACAUAAAUUAAAAUUCCUGAUUAUAUUCGCUCCCUCUCUUUUUUUAAGUUUAUACCAUGAAAAAGCCAGAAGAACCUAUUCCUGCCUGCGCUUAACUAUCUCUACCAGCAGCCUACAGGAAUAACCAGACGAGUGCUCUUUGCAUGAUCAACUGCUUUACCACAAGUUAUCUGCUUUCAAAACUUUGUUGUGUUAAGCAAAAUAAAGGAAGAAAAAUAACGUUUCUCUCUAAAGUGAAGAUCCGAAAAAGCACAUUUCAAAGAUGACGGGCAAUAUUCCAGCUGACAUGAUCAACUUGAGGCUCAUAUUGGUGAGUGGAAAAACAAAAGAGUUCCUGUUCUCUCCAAACGACUCUGCGGCCGACAUCGCCAAGCACGUGUACGACAACUGGCCAAUGGACUGGGAAGAGGAACAAGUGAGCAGUCCAAACAUCCUGCGCCUCAUCUACCAGGGUCGAUUCCUACACGGCAAUGUGACGCUAGGAGCUCUAAAACUGCCUCUUGGAAAAACCACAGUGAUGCAUUUAGUUGCCAGAGAGACGCUGCCCGAGCCAAAUUCCCAAGGUCAAAGGAACCGAGAAAAGACUGGAGAGAGCAACUGUUGUGUGAUCCUGUAAAUACAUCCCUCCUGUCCUGAAUGAGUCUGUUAUAUUAUCCUUUGCCCAUGCUGCUGAAACACUCACAUAAACAACUACUCACACCUGACUCCUACGAGCACCUGACCAGGACGAGAGCUUCGUGUCACUCGCAUGGAAAAUCACACCCAAAAGAGAGGACAAAACAUUAAGCUGUUCUGCACUGAUACAAAACAGCUUCAUAUAGUUUCUCGCCUGUAUUUAAGCCAAAAUAUGUGAAGAGAUUCUAACCCAGAAAGCAGCAGAAAAUUAAUUACAUCACACUUUCUUGCACACACAUUCCCACCCUUUCUAACAACUUCACCCACAAACUCAUGCACUCAUUAAAACAAGCACACACACAUAUACUCACACUUAAAAUACACACUUCUCCCCUUCUGGCAGUUUGCACACAGAAGAGACCCUCGUUUCUCUUUUUGUAUUGCACAUAUUAAAUAUUCAUGAUGAGUGAGGAAGAAGAGACUCCUAGAUAUUUUUCUUUUUCAGCCUGUGAGAUGGGGAGAUGUGUGAGGAAAAUGUAUUUACACGGGGUCUGACGAACUUUUCUCAUUUAACAAAGCACCAGAUGCAAGCUUGGCUCAUCACGCCUGACAGAUCUGAUCGGGAGGUGGAAAGGCAUGCCUUGAUCUAGGUCUGAAACAAUAGAACACGCAUACUGGUGGUUUAACCCCUGCCUCGAUGCGUCACCGCAACAGUUCUCAGACAGUUAUCGAGAUCUACUAUUCACUGAGCUAAUCAACAUAUGUAGUCUAUCUAUUUCAGUGCAGGAGAACAAGUAUUGAUGUGCCUGAUGAAUGUUAGUGACAGUUUGUUAGAAAUGUUUAUUAUACUUUUCCAUAUUGAAUUAAAUGUGCAUUUAAAAUUAGACAUGCUGUGACAGGGGUGCCCAGUCCUGGUCUUGGAGAUCUAAUUACCUGCCAAGUUACUGUACCUGAGACAACUAGAAGUAUCUAUUCAUUGGUUAUUUUUCAAUUGUACUAGUUCUCGUGAUUUCAAAUAAAUCAGAAGUCCUUGAUUAGCUGGUUUCAGGUAUGUUCAAAAUUGGAGCAUUGCAGGAAGGUAGAUCUUUAUUAGUAGGACUGAGCAUCGUUGUGCUGUGAGCUUGAGAUCAUUGAGAUCAACAGAUUUAUUGGUUUGAUUCUGUCAUUCAUGGAAAGUCUAAAUAAUGCAUUACCUGGCAAACAAACCGAUUGCCAUUGCACAGUACAUUUGCGGCUGUGUUUUGACAGUCUCUGUUUUCUUUAAUUGACCAACCAGUGUUGUGUCUGCCCACUUUAGACAGAUCUGAGCUGCUUUUUUAGGAAGGGUAAGAUUCAUCCCUUUAUUUUCUAAGUGUAGUAGUGUAAAUUAAUGCUUGCAUUUCGAGCCAGAAGAUUGCUAUGGAAUGAAGUUUGGUAUGAUUUUUAUUUCCCCUCUCCUUUAAAACAUAAAAUUUGUUUGCACAACACAGAAACAUGAGCUGUUUCAUCUACCUUUUUAAUAUUUUUCCAAAUGGGAAUUGUAUUCGAAGGUUACAUACAGUAUGUGUAGAGUAUAUUUAAUAUGAAUCUUAUAGAGAACAUAACUAUAAAUUGUUGGUAUAUAUUGGUGUCUAGUGUAUGAUAGUCUAAAACAGUUAGCUCAUUAGCGUUUGGAACAGUGACACGCUGACAAUGUAAUGUACUUAACAGCAGCAAUCCCCUCUAAUGGCUGAAGAAUUAUUGUACUGUGUGUGUGUGUGUGUGUGUGUUUUUUUUUUUUAAUGUUUAUAAUUUGAUAUAAUCUUUUUUCCCCCUUUUUAUGUCUCUUUUUGUGGUCUUUGCUUUAUGCUUUUUAACACCGCACUAGGUCUGAAAAAUAUUGGUCCUUAUCAGGGUUCAAAUCUGUACAGAGCUAUUAAGUUUAAAAAAAAAAAAAUUGUAAAUAAAACUAAUGCUUCUCAUUCUUUAAACUACAAAUGGAAAUACAUCUAUAAACUGAAUAAAGAAUCCAGAAUAUUGAA